CUUCCCUGCCCUAGCGCCCCCUUGCUCCUCCGCGGUCUGGGCUCUUCCGCCUCGCGAGAAGAGAGCUCUGGAAGUGGCUCUGCUCGUGACGUCACUUCCUGCGGCACGCAGGAAACAAGGCUCCCAGUUCACGCGAUAAUAAUUAGGACAACGUGAUUCUCACUGGGAGUUGUAGUCUUUUUUUUUUGGCUCUCGCUUAGAGUUUGUCCUUCCAGUCUGAGGCCCGUCCCCACUCCAGACGCUGCUUUGGGGUUUCUGGGUGCGUGGCGGGGUAGGCGGGCCCGUUCUUAAUCUCGGCCGUGAGAGUUUCAGAGUGAUGGGGGGAUGGGAGGGACACACGUCUUUUUUUUAAUUGCUCGGAGGACAGUUGCUGAAGAGAAGCAGUAGUCCUACUCCCUUUUGGGAACCUGAGAGAGGACGGGGUGCGUCCGCCAUGUUGGUGAAGGCAAACGAAGGGAACUAGAGCUCCAGGACUGUCGGCUCCUGUGGCUCAAGUCCGCCAUAUUAAUAAAGAGAAAGGGAAGGCUGACACCCCCGCUCCCCGCACACAUACGUACACCCUUUCUUCCCACCUAGCUCCCUCAGCUUAGCUGGGUGGGCCCUUCCCCAGCCUCGCUUGCCCAGUCUCUUCCCGAAGGAAGCGUAGCAGCCCGCGCCUCAGAUUAGGCUUAAGACAGCGCCGAAUGAGGGCGAAAGGGAAAUGCCGACCAAUUGCGCCGCGGCGGGUUGUGCUACUACCUACAACAAGCACAUUAACAUCAGCUUCCACAGGUUUCCUUUGGAUCCUAAAAGAAGAAAAGAAUGGGUUCGCCUGGUUAGGCGCAAAAAUUUUGUGCCAGGAAAACAUACUUUUCUUUGUUCAAAGCACUUUGAAGCCUCCUGUUUUGACCUAACAGGACAAACUAGACGACUUAAAAUGGAUGCUGUUCCAACCAUUUUUGAUUUUUGUACCCACAUAAAGUCCAUGAAACUCAAGUCAAGGAAUCUUCUGAAGAAAAACAACAGUUGUACUCCAAAUGGACCACCUAAUUUAAAAUCAAACAUUAGUAGUCAGCAAGUACUACUUGAACACAGUUAUGCCUUUAGGAACCCUAUGGAAGCAAAAAAGAGGAUAAUUAAACUGGAAAAGGAAAUAGCAAGUUUAAGAAGGAAAAUGAAAACUUGCCUACAGAAGGAACGCAGAGCAACUCGAAGAUGGAUCAAAGCCACGUGCUUGGUGAAGAAUCUAGAAGCAAAUAAUAUAUUACUUAAGGGCACAUCAGAACACAUUUUACCAACUGCCUUAAACAGUCUUCCUUUGGAAGAUUUCAAGAUUCUUGAACAAGAUCAACAAGGUAAAACGUUACCAAUUCUCUAACUGCAAAACAGACUAAAAGUACCUUCAGUUAGGAUUUGAUGCUUGAACUUCAUUCUGUUCAAAGGUAAAGAUAUUUAAGGAAAUUAUUCCAAAAUUGGGUAUUUAAUAAAGUUUUACCUGAAGUAACAACGUUACUGCAUAAUUUAUUUAUGAAGACUUGGUUGCAAAAAAAAAUGGAGAACUUCUUAUGAAACUUAUUUGAACGAGAAUGGAAGUGCCUUAUGUGAGAAUCAUGUACUUAAAAUUUUUUCUAGGAAAUUGUAUGUUUGUAAAGUGUUUUGUGUUUUUAAAAAAAUUUUUUCCUGUACCAAAGUUGGGAUAUUACAUUCUAAGUAAUUUGCCUAGUAGGAGUUAACCAACAUGAAAUAAAACUUUAAAACUGCUGGAUUUUGUAUUAAUUAAAUUAUUAUUUUUGGCACUGUGAUUGGGAAAAAUUUUAGGAAAAAACCUGAAGUACAGGGCAAGUUCUUUUAUUUAAACUUUUCAUAUCUUUUUAUCAGUAAAACUGAGCUAAUCAUGGCCUCCCUCAUAACAAAAUUAGCUUUUGCAAUAACUUGUAAAAUAUUUUGAAAAUAGUAUUUUCAAAUGUGAAGUACCUUUGCAUCAUCCAAGUAACUCAGACUACUAAAAACAGGUAGCUGAUUAUAUUCACCUUCUAAGAAAGUAUGUUAUGAAAUAACAGAGAUUGAGAUCUAGCUUUUACUUUAAACAAAAAGAUAAAUGUAUACCACAUUUAUUCUCAUAAUAAAAAUAUUACAUAUUCUAUUUCAAAACUGAUACAUUAAUAGGCAAACAUGCUACACAGUUCCAUGUUAGGAAUACUCCCUCUGUCCCCAUGUGUGUUGAUACCAAAAUUCUUAAGCUUUCUUUUUUUCCCAUAAACCCACAAUAGAAUUGAAUUAUAGAAAAGUACUUACCAUAUUAUAUCUUUACAACUUAUAACCUAAAAUGAAGUCAAUUUAUCUUACACAUCAGCUUGAUUUUUGUCUCCUCUUUUAGUGAGAGUCAAAUAGAGCAACCAUACUGCAUAACAGAAAUAGAAUGUAGAUCUUUUUAAAAAUACAUGUGUCUCUGAUAAAGCUAUGCAAGUGCUAAUUAUUUUACAAAAUAGAAUAUCAGAACUAUUCUUAUAGUUUCCAUUUGAACAAUUAAAGGGUUUGCCUUAUUUUACCAGAUAAAUGUUUAAUAAGAACCCUUUCCUUCAAACAGCUUUGGUCAAAUCAUGUAAAAAUUUAUUAAUGUACAAUCAGGUUACCCAGGCCUGAUUUGAGCUUCUGACACCGCCAUAUGAAAGUAGCAUAUACAUAAUCACAUAUUACUGUAAAUCCUUCCCAUAAGGUAAUGGCUACUUGGUGAUAAAAAUUUUUUUUUUUGUAACAUUUGCUGAGAUCCUAGCAAAAAGUCUUUUUAUAUUAUUAGCACCCUUUCUUUUAAUAAGGAAUGCUUCCCAAGCAACUAGAUGCACAAAGGCAGGAAACGUCUCUUUUAGUUAUCAUCAGGCACUUAAAAUAAAUAUUUAUGAAAAUUCUUUUGUGUAUAAUGUAAACCUUGUUAGUCAUGUUAUCUUUUUUUUUUUUAAGUCAUGUUAUCUUUAAUAUUGGAUGUAGCUCCUUGGAAUUUGUCAUUACAUGUUUUCAACUAUCUUUAUGGUUUCAAACAUACACAUCAGCAAACACUUACUGACCAUUUCUAUUUUAUACCUCAAAAUAAGUUGGGCAAAUAAUCAUUUAAACAUAAACUAUGUUUCCCAAGUAUAAACUCUCACAUGGUUCACCGCCCCUCCCCAAUACAAAACAAAACACUAAUGCGGGCUGAUUCCCAUCUACAAUAAUACUCUGAUAUCUUAAUAUAACAUUUUUUAAAUCACAAAAAUAAAGCAUUAUAAAAUACAACAAGCUUUUGGCAAAGUUACUUAGACUUCAUUUAUUAAUAUUUGAGAAUACUGAAUAAACUACCACUCAGUAAUUCUAAAGUAAAAAUUUUUGCUGGUUUUUCCAUGUCAUUUUCAUGUUACUGUUCCAAUAAUAUGCUCCAAACUCUCCCUGCAUCAAAUUAUUUUAACAUACAUCUGUCUACCUUAAAACUACUUUCAUUCACAGAGAAAAACAUAAAAGGAAUCUUUUAAAAAUCGUGUUUUCAGUCUGUUGAUAAACUUAUGACUUAGCUCGUAGACCAUAAAACUAAUCAAAAUUAUAACAGUUCUUUGUCCUCUGCUUUGACACAAUACAUAUUCUCUGUUUUAUGCCUGUCAUUCAUUCUAUGUCUACCAGGCACUAACCCCUACAAAGGACCAGCCAAAGGCUAGGAUUUGAUAUAAAGAUGAAUAUGACAUGAUUUUCUGCCGUUAAGUUGCUCAAAGUCUCUUGUGAGAAACAAAUAUUCAUAAUACAAUAUGAUAAAUGCUAUGAAAGACGUAUGUGUGAAGCUCUUUGAAUUGGAAUUUAAUGAGAACGUGUAAACUUUAGACCUUUUUACAAUGAACCAGUUUUCUUUUGAAACAAACAGAUUUUCUUCUUAUAAUGACUUACCAAAGGAGAUUUUCUAGAAGGACAUGGGUGUUGACCUGAAUCACAUACAGUGUUUAUUUAAUGAAUUGUAAGACUUUUUUUUCCCCGUUAAAAUGAACACUGAACAAAUUUGUUGUUAAUGAUACCUUGUUAAAAGGAAAACAUAAGUAAGUAAAAUAUUAUAUCAAAGCCAAGACUGGAGUUUGACAUUUGAUGUUUUUACUAAACAACAAACCCUACUAUCACGAAUUUUUAAAAAUAAUUUUAACUCAGAGUCUUAAAGUGAACAAAGCACUAUGGCACCAAUUAGUUCUCUUACUUGCUCUUCACAUAUAUUCUGUGCGGUAGGUGGUAUUAUCUCAAUUUAUAGAUGAAGAAAUCCUUGUUAAUGUAAUUUAUUUAUUCAUUCAGACAUUUAUAAUGUGUCAGCUGGCACAAGGGAUAGAAAUGCAGUAAUCUAGGAAGUUCUAGAUUGAAUACUGGUCUUCAGCCUCCAAAUCCUCUUCUCUGACCUCUACAUUAUAACCUUCUGUCAAAUAUAUGAAUCAUUAAAAUAGGACAGGUUAUGUGUCUCAAAAAACUAAAAUAAAAAAUAUUGUGUGUAUAUAUACAGUAAAGACAGUCUGUGAAGUCAUUGUUGAUCUCUUCUAGGUAGACUUUAUAAUGUUGGAUUUUUCUAAUCUCAUUUCUCAAUGUUAGAAUACGGGUAAAUUUUAAUUUUGGAAUAAUAUAGAAAGUGGUUCCUCUUUAUGUCGGAAUAUGGGAUUCUUUUAGUAUUUAGACAGUUGGAAACUUCAUAAAAUUAAUGAUUUUAUAAUGUAUAUUAAACAAUUGCAUAUUGUUUUCACAGAAAAUGUAUUCUGAGUAUGUUGAUAUUAAAAACUUUUCCAAGGAAA